CACACACACAAAAGCAGAGCAGCAGUACGUGUCCAGCGCUGGUGGUCACCAAUUAGUGACGAUCAGUCCUCACAAUAUGGAUUCCGAAAGUAUCGUGAAUUUCUUCAGAGGGAGGAGCAUCCUCAUCACCGGCUCAACCGGCUUCCUUGGAAAAGUGCUUAUAGAGAAGAUACUCAGGGUUCAGCCUGACGUCAAGAGGCUCUACCUGGUCGUCCGAGCCACCGACAUCGGUUCCGCGACACGCCGGGUUGAGAACGAGGUGAUAGGGACGGACAUCUUUCAGAUUCUGAAAGAACAGCAUGGCAGUGGGUUCAAAAGUUUCGUUGAAGAAAAGGUCUGUCCUUUGGCAGGAGAUAUAAUCUAUGAGAACUUGGGAUUAGAUGCUGACAAAUUGACAGAGCUGUCUAAGGAAAUCGAUAUCGUCGUCAACAGUGCUGCAACUACAAACUUUUAUGAAAGAUACGAUGUGGCUUUUGACUCAAACGUAAUGGGAGCGAAGAACAUCUGUGAAUUUGCUAAGAAGUGCACAAAACUGAAGAUGUUGCUUCAUGUUUCGACUGCCUAUGUAGCUGGAGAACAAGAGGGACUCAUACUAGAGAAACCAUUCUUGAUGAAUGAAGCACUUAGGAAUGGUCCUCACCUGGAUAUCACAUCCGAGUUAAAUCUGAUCAAGGAGACCAAGAUUGAUAUGAGAGCCAAGUGUUGUUCAAUGAAAACUGAGAAGAGAACCAUGAAGAAUCUUGGGCUGGAGAGGGCUAGGCAUUUUGGGUGGCCAAACACCUACGUUUUCACCAAAGCAAUGGGGGAGAUGCUGCUCGGCCACCUCUGCGGCGACCUCCCCGUGGUGAUCAUCCGCCCAAGCAUCAUAACCAGUAUCCUCAAGGAGCCAUUGCCGGGAUGGACGGAAGGAAUCAGGACGAUCGACUCCGUGAUCAUCGGUUACGCCAAGCAGGCGUUGCCCUUCUUCCUCGUCGAUCUCGAUCUGAUAAUGGACGUGAUACCGGGGGACAUGGUGGUGAAUGCCAUGAUGGUGGCAAUGGCGGUGCACUCGGGGCAGCCGGCGCAGACCAUCUAUCACGUGACGUCGUCGCUGCGGAACCCGGCGCCGUACGCUGUCCUGUCGGACACUGGCCACCGAUACUUCCUUGCCAACCCGCCGUGCAUGGGGAAGAAUGGCGAGCACGCCCGGCUGCGCAGGAUGCGCUUCUUUAGCACGGUGGCCAGCUUCCGCGCCCACAUGGUCAUCAACUACAGGCUGCCCCUCGAGAUACUUCGCUGGGUGAAUAUUGCGCUGUGCGGCAUGUUGUCACGACGCUACGAGGAGAUGAGCAGGAAGUACAGGUUCAUCAUGCAUCUGGUGGAGCUCUACGCGCCCUACACCUUGUUCAAAGGCUGCUUCGACGACAUCAACACACAGAAGCUGAGGGUUGCGAUGAAGAAGCACGAGGAGAAAACUGACGGCGGAUACUAUUUUGAUUUUGACCCCAAGUCAAUUGAUUGGGAGGAGUAUUUCUACAAGGUUCACAUCCCUGGUGUAGUCAAGUACCUGUGUGACUAGGUAGAUCUUGAAUUCUUUUAAUUAAAAAACUAAUAGUACUCGGUGAAUAAUUUUACCAUCCUUAAAAAAAUACUAGGAGAUACCAUAUUUUCUAGUAUAAAAUUUGGUACCUCUUGUUAAGUACUAAAAUUCUGAGUGUAACUUUUGACACCUAUAGAUACAUUAUCAAAUAUGGUAAAAUUACCCAUACUCGGUAGGUAUAUACCAGAAGGUAUAUACCAGAGUUGUUGUAUUUAUUCAGACUCAUUAAUGUUUGCUAUGAGUAUGAAUUGGCGAUUAAUUAUUGGGCAG